AUGUCUGGAGGUGGUAAUUGUUCAGUGAAGACUAAACCUCGACGUCACGAAGAGAAGCCGUCUACAUCAAAUUAUGCCACAGAAGAAGUUGUUAGUCGUAGUGCUGAUGUUCGCCGUCGUCCAUCAUCGAUGUAUUCUUCUUGUCUAACAAAGAGACUAAUCUCACCACACUAUGUAAAACAUAAAAAACGUUUGUUUUCAUCGGUACAGCCUUUUUCUGCUGUCGAACCUCCGCCUGAAAAUCCACCAACAUUUCUGACCACAGAUGUAUUACGUGAUCCAAAACAGAGAGCUUUAGAAUUGUAUAUGCCAUAUCGAAAAAUUUCCUACGAGGAAGAAUUAAAACUCAAACAACGUCAAAUUGAAAGUCGAUUUCAAACAGUAGCGAAAACACUGUUCUACGAUCGAACGCUGCACCCAUCGAUACGGAGACUAAUUCGAACCAAUGACGUCAAUUUAUGCCCUAUUCGAGAUAUUCAACGAACUUCAGCAAUGAGUGAAUACCUAUCGUCGUGUAUUGCUGAUCUCGGUAAAACACGAAACGGUGAUUUAGCGCUUGGAAUUGCUAAUCGACCGAUGCCAAAUGACUACACUCCGUCUACUGGUGAGGAUAAGCAGAUGAUGUUUGUUUUACCCAUCGACGAUCUUGAUAUUUAUAAAAAGCGUGAUCGAUUGAUCGUUAAACAUUAUAACGAUUUUCUCCAAAAAGAAGUCAAAGACAUGUCUAAUCUUGAAUAUGUCCUACAUCAUUGGCGACCAAUACGUAUCUAUACAAAUAAGAAGGAUGAAAAGAUCGUUGUUAUCGGUUACCUCGAGCGCAAAAGUUACAAAUCUGACUGUGAAACCGCCAAGGAACGUUUACUUGCAUACUUCGAACAUGGUCCAGGACGAGAAUGUCACAUCGAACACUUAUAUUUCGAACGGCGCACUCAACGUUGGCCAAUCAUUGUCAAUGAAGCGCACUAUGAUCACAUUCUGGGUGAUAAAAAUUCAGCAUUUACUUAUGAUCUUUUCGGAUUGAAAUUCGAACCGAAUUUGCAAUCUCACGGUAUUCCGAAUAUAGCGGCAUAUGAAGCAACUUAUGCUGAAAUCUUAAAACUGUGCAAUCUCGAUCCGACAUCGACAGUGUUUCUUCAAUAUUUUUCCGAUCUUGGUACUCUUCCAUUAGUUGCUGCUCAACAUGUGGAUCAAUGCUACGGACUGGAUCCGAGUCCAUUUGCAAUCAAAACUGCCAUGAAAAGCCAGGAAAAAUACCCGCAUACGCAAGAUGUGCAAUUCCGAGUUUGUACAACAAAAGACGAGUUUAAAGCGAUCUUGACAAACAUCGAAAAGACGAAAAAGAAGAAUGCAUCAUUGACAUGCGUCUUCGGACCACCGAGAAGCGAACUUGAACGGCAAGAUUUACGACAAAAUAAAAACCUUGUCAACGUUCUACGUGAAUGCGAUUUCAUCGAUCGAUUAAUCAUUGUCAAUCGCGGUAUCAGUUCACCAGUGCUACAUUUGCUCUACUGUUUGUCCGGUGGAGAAAGUACAACGCAUAAAAUAUCUGGCCCGCCAUUCAAACCGGUGCUAAUCAUUCCGUUUGAUGCUCAUCCUCGUUCGGGGCUUUUGCCAGAUUUUCUCACGAUUUAUGAACGUGAUUAA